AUGGACAUGGCAGGACCCGCUAUACGCAUUGGGGAUCAGCUCAUCCUAGAAGAAGAUUAUGAUGAAACAUACAUACCUAGUGAGCAAGAAAUUCAGGAGUUUGCCAGGGAGAUAGGGAUUGACCCUGAGAAUGAGCUGGAGUUGAUGUGGCUGGCCAGAGAAGGCAUUGUGGCUCCUUUACCUCCAGAGUGGAAACCAUGUCAAGAUAUCACUGGCGACAUCUAUUACUUUAACUUUUCUAAUGGCCAAUCCACAUGGGACCACCCUUGUGAUGAACAUUACAGAGAACUUGUGAUCCAGGAGCGGGAGAAGCUUUCGGCUCAUGGCAGCAUUAAAAAGAAAGACAAGAAGAAGAAAAAAGACAAGAAGGAGAAGAAAGACAAGAAGGAGAGAGAGCCAAUGAAACAUGCUGCGGAAAUGCAGCCAGAGCCAGGGAUGCUUCCUUCAACAUCCUUUUAUCGAAUGUCCUCUCCCAUCCUGUCCUCUGAGUGUGCAAGUCCUGAUCUAGAUCAGGUUAGCCAGAUUAGAAACGAGGGCUUUCUUAAGAAAGGUAAAGGAAAGACCUCUGAGAGACCACCAGAGACAAGUGACUCAAACAGACAGUUUGCAGGGACUUCCCCAAAUAAACUGCAGCCACUUCUCACAGCAAAGUCCAGCAGAACUCACCAGAUCUUAGCUGAUGUGGCGAAAAUUUUAGGAAGAACACCAUCUUUUAGCAAAUCGGAUGUAGACAACCAGCAGGGCCAAGACAAGUCCCCAAAAAUUGGAGGCCAGCCUUGUCUUGGUUUUUCUGACUCAGAGUCUGAAGGUUUAGAUGUUGUUAGGACAAAGUCCAUUUCUUAUGUGUCAAAGAAAUCGUGUUCACAAGACAUUGAGAAUGGGAGAAGUGUCCUUGAUUCCCCCGAGGUUCUGGAGGACACAGGUAUGCUCUUUGUUGAGGAAAAGCUGUCUGACAACCGAAAGAAGGAGGAAAUGCCAGGAGAGAGUGUCUGUCAGCCUGAUGACGGCUUAUCAGUCAGAGAAAGAUCAACCGGGCCUGGUGGUGAUAAAGAAAGAGGCCCAGGUUUAUCACAAGCCGAUGAAAAUGAAGCUUUCUUGACCCCCAGUGCCCCUGACCAUAUUUUUUACAGCAGGAAAUGUGAAAUGAUUCUCUUUGAUGCCAGUCCCACAGAAGACCUGAGUUUGAUGGAGGAGGUUGAUGUUCACUGUCCCCAACGAGAGCUGAGGGCACACAGCAGAGCAGUUGAGAGCAGAAGGAAGAGAAAACUUCAGGAUCAGGCAUUGAGUCAAGCCACCAAACUUUGCAAGAGCAGUGAGGCUGUCGGCAAGUGUGAGAGAGAGAGCUCAAAGCAGGCAGAGUUUGUUGAAUCUGAAGGAGCAGGCCUACAAGCAACCCCGAAAAAAGACAUAUUCGACAGCCACCCGGCAGUUCCUGAAGUGACUGCAGAUACAUUACCCUACACCAGACGGGUAGAAGUUUAUGCUCAAGCAGGAGCUGAUAUUUCUGCGUCAGAGCCUGUUUCUCUCUCUGCUGUACAGCACAAAGACAAGGAGAAGGCAAACAGUUUGGGGCCUGAACCUGACAGCAGUGUUACAAGCAAUUCAGCUGAUCAUUUUGCAUCACAGAUUUUGGGAGAGGUUGAUAACUUCUCCUGGGAUCUCCAGAGCUCUCGUGAGUCUGACAGACAGACAGACCUGCUUGCUGCUGCUGCUGCUGCUGCUGCUGCUAAAAGGCCUCUACCCACUCACCCUUUCACAGGAACUCUCCAAACUCCACCACAAAGCUCAGCCAAUGGGAAGUCGCAGGGUGACUGUAACUCUGAGGAUGAGAAGUUCUGUCAGUAUGUGCAGGAAAAUGAUCAAGUACCUAGUCAGGAACAUCGUUGUGUCAGUUUUAACAUGAAACUGAGUAGCUCACGUGGUGCCCCUGAGAAGAACAAUGAGGGCAGACAAGAAGAAACAGGAGAAGGAGAGCAAAGGACAGAGCCAGUUCCUAGAGGGCUAGAGGCAGGUUUGUUCACACAGGGUUUACAGGUUUCUCCUGGUUGGCUUUAUCAGACAGCUGAGUGCCAGGAAAGCAGCAGGCUGUGUCGACAGGUGGAAGGAGAGUUGACCCAGAGCGGAAAAGUGACUGAGGAUUACAGCAAACUGGAGCUUUGUGAAGGAGCAGGCAGUAAUGAGUCUCCAGGUUCCCUGCUAGCACCUGUCCAAGUUCCCCCGGGGAGUCUUGCUCCUUUACGUGGUGUCGUGGAUGGUCCAGCCGGUGCCCUCCGUGGCUCGCUAAGCACCAGUGUGGAGAUCUCCGGGGUACCCAGUCCGCUGCUCAGAGAAGGAACUCUGCCUCCACAGACCCUUAAAUCCACCGACUGCACUAAGAGCUUGCUGGGAUCCAUGCAUGAGGAAAAAGUCUCCUUAAAUCUCCUACCCCUAGAUGAAGGGGAACAUGAAGAGGAAGAGAGUGAGAAUCAGAGUCCCCGUGGGACAGCGAGACUGCUCAAAAAUCUGCACAUGGAUAUUAGCGCCCUAGGAGGUGGCUUCGAGUAUGAGAAGGAGUCCUUGAAAGUGAGUCACGCUGAAGAAAGUCAAGCGUUUCCCUUGGAUUCUGAUGGUGUGCGCCCUCCAACUCCGGACAAACUGCUUAACAGUGAUGCUGACAGCAGCCUGUGUGGUCUGAAGAAAGAGGAGCCCAAUGGGAAACCCAUGGGGAAUGAACUGUUAGAAAAGGAAGAUACCGAUGUAGAAGAUGCAGUUUCUGUAGCUUAUGAACAGUCAGGAACUCCGGGGGAAAGGACAGCGGAGGGGACAAAUGUGGUCAGCAGUCAAGGGCAUCCCGUAGCUGCAUCUCCAGAUGUUAGAGCUGCUGAGACAGAUCAGAUGGAAAGUGUGGCUGUCACCAUUGACACCAUGUCUGUCAAUGAAAAGAUUGUAACUGGAAUGAGGGAAGAAGCAGCUGAUCUGAAAAGCGACAGCAAGCUGGAUGCUGGCAAAGAGUCCGAGGCCAGUGAGCACGUGAAAGAAUUGCAGGUUUCUGACCGUUCGGAUCAUGAGCUGCUUCGUCUGACGGACUUUGGUUUCCAAAGUCGGAUCUCCGAGCAGGUCCUGGAUAUGGGUAUUCUUUCUGCUGCUCUGGACAGCCCCAAGGUUGAGGCCCAGGGGCUGGGAGAAGAGGAAAAGGACCAAAGCAAAGCCAGCUUAGAAGGAGAGCAAAGCAAAAGAACCAAAGCUGCUGAGAGUGAGAGGGACCAGCGCUCCUUCGGUGCUUGCGAAAUGGCCGAAGAGAAGUGUUUAAGUUUAAAGAACGCCAGCCAGGAAGAGACUGCUGCCCUGGAGCAAAAGGAGGGAUCACUGGAUAGUCUGACCAAUCCGGAGGAGCCUGCAGCCACUCAUCAGGCACAACUUGGGGAGGAAAUCAAACAAGUGGUGUCCUUGAACUGGCCUUCUGCAGAAUCCCUGGAGGAAAUAGCCAGGGAGCAGGAGCAGGAGCUGGAGCAAGAAAAAAUGCGUUUACUGCAAGCAAAGGAGAAGAAGGUUCAGCGAUUCCAGGAGGAGUUGAGGCAAGAGGAGGAGGAAGAAGCUCAAAUGCUUCAUCAGCAGAAAGAAAAGUCCCUCCGGUCUCUUAAAGAGGAGCUGGCGAAGGCUUCUGAGGAGGAAGAGCUGCGGAUGAGAGAGGAAGAGGUCGAGAAGCUCUCAAAGCUGCGAGCCCAGAUCAGCUCAGAGACUGAGACAGAAAAGGGGAAAAUAAGGGCUGAGCAAGAGGCUGCAUUGCAAAAGCUGAGAGAGGAGUGGGAGUCCUUGCAGAAGGUGGAGAGGGAGAGCUUGGAGGAGAGGAAGAAACGUGUUUUGGAGAUGCUGAAGGUGGAAGUUGAGGAAGCACAGCAGAGAGAAGCGACAGAGCUGGAACAGCAGAAGGAGCGAGUCCUGAAUGAGUUAAAGGAGAGAUUAGAAAGAGAAAGAAAAGAGGCUGCAGAAGUGCUAGAGAAGCAGUUUGCAGCUGAGCUCCAGGAGCUAAAAUCUACAGCAGAAGAGAAACACCAAAAGGUUGUUUCCAGCCUCCGGAAGCAUAUAGCAGAGGCCCAGAGGAGUGAGGAGGCCCAGCUGCACGAGGAAUUGGAGAGAGCAGAGCAAAAAGUGCAGCAAAAAAUGUAUCGAGUGGCAGAGUUUGAGCGAGAGCUCAGUGAGCUCAUGAAAGAGAAACGCCAGGAAGUGGAGAGAGACCAUGACCGGAAAAUGGAGAGGAUGAAAGAGGAGCAUAAGGAAGUCCUGGCGAGGAUUCAGGAUCAGUACGAGGAGGAGGAGAGAAAGCAAAGAGCCAAGAAGCUCGAGGAGCUGAAAGGGGAGCUGGAGCGCCUGAGACAGCUCCAUGAUGGGGAGCUGAGAGCUUUGCAGAAGCAGCUGGAUGAGCAGCUUAGUGACUUGCGGCAGAGCCACAAGGCGAAGGAACGAAAACUCCAGGAGUUGGAAAUGGAACUCGAAAUACGAGCAAAAGAUGCUAGGGCCAGAUGUGCUCAGCUGAAUCACCAGGAAGAGGCCAUGAGAAAGAAAAGGCAGCAGUUUCUGGACGAAGAGAAACAAACUGAGCUGCAGAGAAAUGAAGCUGGCUUGGCUGCGCAGCUCCGCCUAGAGGAGUCUAGGAAAGCGCAUGCUGACCUUGUGGAAUCCAUCCGCCAGUUGCGCAGGACGCUGGAGGAGCUUCAAGACCAGAAAGCUGAGCUGGAGUCCCAGGUGGAUCUGUUGCAGACCCGAAGCCAGAGGCUGCAGAAACGGAUCAGUGAACUAGAGACUGCAGUCAAGAGCAAACAGGAGACCCUGAAGGAGCUGGUAGCUGAAGACAGCAUGGCAUCUCCCAGAAGGGAAGCUGAGCUCCACGUUGAGGACCUGAGAGAGACGCUUCAAGCUCACUCCUCCAGAGAGCCUGCUUCCUUAACCUCGCACAGCAAUGAGGAUAGUGACCUCCAACUUGAUAAUGUCAGACACUACAUUUCGGCAGAAGGCGUCUCCAUAAAGAACGCCAAGGAGUUCCUGGUGCGUCAGACUCGCUCCAUGAGGAAAAGGCACACUGCACUGAAAGCUGCAAAGCAGCAGUGGCGCCACAACAUGCAGCAGGCCCAGGAGGCAGUGCAGGACCCAGAUAGCUCUCAGCUCCUGGAGGACGUGCGUCGGAACUUGGAGGAGGAGUCAGAGCAGCUGGACAAGAUGAAGUCGGCCAUGCGGAAAGGACAGGUGCUGCUGAAGAAGAAGGAAGAGAAGCUGAGCCAACUGGAGUCUUCGCUGCUGGAAGAGCUUUCUGAUGAAGAUACACUGAAGGGUGCUGCAUGUAAAAAGGUGGUAACCUUUGACCUUAGUGAUUCCGAAGACACCCCCAGCCUGAGCAGCACAGAUGUACCUCAGCACAAAUUUGACUUGAAACCAGACGUCCAGUUCCCCCAGCUCGACAAGAUCCAGCACUUGACCAACACUCUGCAGCACAUCACCGCUGAGCUGAACGGGGUCCUUGGCAGCUUGGGCUCUUUGAACCAUCAGCAGCCUCCGCUCUUCACUUCUGUGCAGGUGCCGAUGCCGGUGCCUGCUCUGCCCAGUGAUGGGGUUCCUCUUUCCACGUACACCUCUUUGGCAAGAGCCCAGGCUGCUGGCCCCAUCGUGCCUUCUGCUGCGAUUCCUUUGGUUACCCAGUGGGCAUGGAGCACCGGUUUGAACUCCAGCCUCUCUUCCACGGCCGGUCAGUCAGUGGACAACAUACUGGCAGAGAAAUGGCGCAAGUAUUUCCCAGGUGGGUUCCCGUCGCUCAGUGGAAGUCCUGCCCCUUUGGUCAGCAAUCUAGGUUAUUUACCUGCAGGUGAGCAAAUCCGCCUGUUCCAGCGUUCCCAGCUUCGAGGCCCUGAGACAGACAGGACUAGUGUCCAAGGAAUGAUUGAUGCCAACAAGAAAUGGCUAGAAAAUUUCAAGAAAGAUUCAAAAGUUCCUCUCUUUCCAAGCACACAGAAGCCCUCUGCCAGCAGCCCUGGCCUGGUGCAGCUCGGACUGGAUGAAAACAACCAAAUUAAAGUGUAUCACUACUAA